AUGGCUCGCAGCCGUCCAGCAAUCUACCGCAAAUGCAGUAAGCCAAACGAUACGCGCCGAGCCACGAAGCCUACGGCCGGAGGAAGCGAACCACCGCCGACCAAGAAAGUCAAGACCAAACCCGACACCUACCAGUGCACCUCCUGCCUCAGCCGCCGUGCCGCAAAGGCCUUCCCCAACAGCAACCCAUCGAUCGAGUGCCAACACCUCAUCAACACCUGCACUGUAUGUCUGCGCAAGUGGGUCCAGGCGCAGGUGGAGCAGGGGAAGACGGUCGUUGUUCCGGGCGAUAAGCAGAAAGAGAAAGAGGAUGGCGGAGAAGAGGAGGAGGAAGACGAGGAAGAGGACGAAGAAGAGAAGACGGUCUUGGGUAUUCGCUGCCCUGAGUGCGAGAAAGUGAUGAAGAGCUUCGACGUGCGGAUCGCGGGCACUGACAAGGUGUUCAAGCGAUUCGACGAACUCGAGCGCCGCCAUAUUGGUGACUCCACGCCCAACUGGCGCUGGUGCCUCAACACCGCCUGCGACGCCGGGCAAUCUCACGAAGCGAAGCGCAUCCCCUCACCGAAAAAGAAGUCGCGCUUCGGAAAGAAGUGGUUCGGCUACGCGGUCGAGCCGCAUGGAGUGGAAGACAAGUGCGUGUGUGUCAAGUGCGGCGCCGUGGCGUGCGUGGUUUGCGAUCGGCCAUGGCACGAGGGAGAGAAGUGCGCCGAGUACCAGGAGAGAGUGAAGGGAAGAGUGGAGGAGGAAGACCAGACGUUGGAGUUGAUCCGCAUGGAGACGAAGAAGUGCCCGAAUCCGAAAUGCGGCAAGGCGAUUGAGAAGAAUGGAGGGUGCCCUUCGAUGAUCUGCUACGUGUGCCAGAUCAACUUUUGCUGGAAUUGUCUCGAAGAGUACAAAGGCCAAGAGUUCUGUGCUUGUCGGAGGCCUAAUCCGCACUAG